CGGUAACACCCUCUUUUCUGGCUCUUUCUCUCUCACAUCCUAUAUAAAACUUUUACCCCCUCAUCUUUUUCCUUGCUCUCGUUCUUGCUUUUUUUUUCCUGAUUAUUCAUAUUUCGCUUUCCAUUGGAUUUCAUUCCGCUUAUUUGUUGCUUCUUUUCCGACUUUGAUUUCAUUUCUUCAUUAUCCGUCGCAGAAAUCUUGUUUCCAUCCAGUGUCCUAUUUUGUCAACACUCAUUAUUGCUAUUAUCUCGGUGUGCUCUGAACUAAAAAUCUUAUUGGUCGGGUUGAACAUCCUUUUUUUUGAUUUACCAGUGAAGCAGAGAAUAAUCCAUUUUUCCUGGGUAAAUGGAAUCCGUCAUCACCAUUGAACAACAAGCAGCUAUGCAACGGCCUUACAAGUGCGACUUUUGCCACAAGUCGUUUUACCGGUUGGAACAUAAAGUGCGCCACGUCCGUACUCAUACCGGUGAGAAGCCCCAUCUUUGCAGUUUCCCGCAUUGUGAUAAACGGUUCGCACGGUCGGAUGAAUUAAAUCGGCACAUUCGUGUGCAUUCAGCUCCUGCCGCGGUGUUAUUGCAACGACGACGUAAAAUCCGUCGUCUCAGCAAUUCUUCCAAGCAACGGUCACUCGAUGAUGAAGAAGCCUACCUUCGACAACAACAACACUGCUCGAUUCUACGCUUUAUUCAACCUCACACCAGCCACCCCACAUCGAGUCUCCAUAAACCCCGUAUAAGCCCCUACCGUCAAUCGCCGACCGCGAAAUUAAACCAUUGUCCAGUUCCAGGAUGUUUCAAGUCGUUUUGGCGACAUGGCCAACUGACGCGCCAUAUCGAGAAACAACAUGACCCUGAGGUGGCAAAAGUUCCGUCACCGGCCAUGACAGCUCGUCCACCGUUUCCCACGUCAAAGGAACAGGUGAACGAGGACCUCAUCCAUACAGGACAAACCGAGUUUUAUCCGUAUCCUCCUCCAGCUUCGUUUCAUCAAGGACUGGUUACACCAGAUCGAUCGCCUCAUUUGUCUUCAAGCUGUUCCAGUAGUUGUAGCGAAGAUGGUGGCGAUGGUCCGACCGACCGGCUUCACGUGCUUGCAGAAGAAGCAUCCUUGAGAGACAGGUCUAGAACAGAAAUUCAGCUCACCCAUCACUUGCAGGUUUAUUUACCACCCCUUUGGAAUGAACGAGACACCGUCAUGUGGUUCGAUCAGCAAAAUCCCAAUACCGCAUCACCUCGAUUGCCAUCUAUCAAAUCUUUACUGUUGGACUAGAAACGUAAUCCGCACAAGAAACGUAAAUUUUGCCUCCCUUUCUCCCGACCCCACCCACAUACCUCUCCUCUCCAGAGUCCCUCUCACAGGCCAACAUUUUUGCUCAAGAGGAACACAGAGAAAAGCGCCAUAUACAUAGUCAUAUUUUGUUUGUUGUACAUAAAAAUCAUACCACAUAACGUGCACGCAUCAACUUAUCUUACCAACGUAUGCACCCACAUGCGUACACACGCAGAAUGAAUGGGUGAUUGGUGAGAUCUUUUUUCUAACCGGCUUCAUUAUGUAAUUUCGGG